GCGCCGCUGCCUUCGGGAAUCAGAGAGACACAAAAAUCAGCCUUCUACCUUCGAUCGACCCGUCGGAAAUCAGCCUCACCUUCGUGGCCAGUUGCUGGUUCUUCUCCCGCCAGACGCCGCCAGCACUCCAGAAUUAAUUGAAAGAAUGUGAGAGGCAUAUUUAUCCGGGACGAAACCUGCGAUCAGCGCCUUCAUCGCAACGGGAAACCUGCGAUCUGCGCCUUCACCGCAACGGGAAACCUGCGAUCUGAGCUCCACUGCUAAGUCGUUCAUAGUCAAGUCUUAUCAUGGGCAUAGAAGGGGAGAAAGAUCCUUUGAAGGAUAUUGAGUGGAAAAGUAUUACUGAAGUAACUGAACCUUCAAAAACUGAUCCCAGCGCAGGACCAACAGUGAAGAAGAGGCUUCCUAAAAAAAUAAGGCAAAUCCCAGAGUGCUAUUUUCUUCCAAGAAAAUCCAUACCAUCUGCUAUAGCUUUUUACGGUUCCUUUAUUGCUGCUGGAAUCGGUGCUGGGAUGCUCCUAGAAGUGUGGAUCAACAAGAAGGUAAAAGAGGAUGGAGGAGUGAUCUGGGAAUUCGGCAAAUGAAAUCUGCGUUAUAUCCAUUUCUGGAACGCCUCAAACUUUACAUAUCGAAAGAAUUUCCGUAGUUGGGUUCUUCAAAGUGAUGGCAAGUUAUAUGCCAAUCUUCUAUUGGUAUAUUUACAUCCUCUUGAUAAAACAUGAGACACAUCUUAUAUCUUGUUGAACUGAUAUUAUAUGCUCUGCUUUAACUAUCUCUUACCCAACGUGGAGAAGUGUUCUCGCUUCAUAUGGAACCCAAUUUUGGGUCUUUUUUCUAAAAAAUGAUCUUAUUUUUC